AUGGCGGUUACAGAUCAAACUGAUGAAGCGACCACAACCACAGCGGCAGCGACGACACAGACCACAAUCGAUGCUGGGAGUCCCCUUUACAUACAUCCUUCCGAUAGCCCGGGAUCCAGUCUAGUUCCAGUACCUUUUGAUGGGAUUGGAUAUCGUUCCUGGAGGAGGAGCGUGCUCAGAGCCCUUUCAGUGAAGAACAAGUUAGGUUUCAUUACUGGAGAUACUGAGAAACCGGACAUAGCUGACAGUGUUGAGUAUGUAAACGAUUCCGUUGAGCUGUGGAAGGAGCUGCAGGAUCGGUAUGAUCAGACGAAUGGGGCUAAGCUGUACCAAAUUCAGAAGGAAAUCAACGAUUUGAGUCAGGGUGUGCUUGAUAUCACCGGUUACUACACGAAAAUGAAGAAACUCUGGGAGGAAUUGAACACUCUUAGUGUCAAAGCUCAUUGCAGUUGUAUAUGCACUUGUGGGGCGAAGGAGAACAUGCAUAAGGCAAAACAGGAUAGGAGGCUCGUACAGUUCCUAAUGAGGCUCAAUGAAGUGUAUACGGUUGUUCGAGGAAGCAUACUUAUGAUGAAUCCCUUUCCAAACAUGGCACAGGCAUUUGCCCUCCUAAUACAGGAAGAGAAACAAAGAGAAUUUAGGCCCAGGAACCAGCUGAAUAUCGAUUCCACAGCACUAAAUGCGAACCUAGGAGGAAAGAAUUUCAAGACAAACUACUCUACUGGAACUGGAAACCAAGCUGCAAACAAUAGAGCUCAACCUUUUUGUGACUAUUGUAAACGACAAGGCCAUACUAAGGAUAAGUGCUACAAGCUCCACGGUUAUCCUCAAAGUUUCAAUCAAGGACCACAACAACAGUAUAGGCAAGGUGCACAAGGGUACAAUAACAAUACAAAGUUCAAUAAGGGAAGAAUUGCCACGACAAAUGCAGUCACAAAUGUAGAGGAAGGGGAGAAACUGGAGCUUGAAGGAGAGAGUCAAAGUCAGAAUGUCAGUCUUACAAAAGAACAGUAUGGACAAACUGUUAGCUUGUUGCAACAUUUUCAAACAGCAAGCAUUGGAGAAGGUUCAGCUAGUGCAAACAUGAUUAGUGGAGCAUCAAUGAGCUUUGCAGGUAUGAUUGCUUGCACUUCUUCAAUUGAUUUUGACAAUCCAUCAUGCAAAUAUUUUAGUGCAAAAGCUGACUUAUGGAUAUUAGACUCCGGGGCAUCACACCAUAUGACUUUUAAUAAAUCUCACUUGCAAAACAUAGUAAGCCUACCUUAUCCUCUAUUGGUCAAACUUCCAAAUGGUUACAAAGUCAAAGCCCCUUCACUGAAGAGGCCUCUGGAGAUUGGUAAGUUGCUGGAUGGUUUGUAUUUCCUUUGCUCCAAGUGCCUGAAGAAAGGUGGUCUUAAACAAAACUAUGAUCCUUCUUGUCUUUCCAUUCACACUAAUGAUGUAAAGGGUGUGCACUGUCUAUCCCACUCUUUCAAUUCGCUUCCAAUUGUAAAUAGUUCCAUCUACAACAGCAAGAAUAAAGACAGUGAUUCUGCUUUGUUUUCUGAUUCAUCUCCUACUGCUAAUCUAGAUAUAUUGUGGCAUUUCAGACUUGGUCAUGUACCCUUUAGUAAAAUGAGAGGGAUUCCUACUAUACCUGCAACUUUUUCUACAAACAACCUUUCAUAUGUAAUAUCUGUCCCAUGGCCAGACAAUCCAGACUUUCUUUUCCCCAAAGAACAACUGAAACCACUGCAAUCUUUGAAGUACUUCAUGUAG